AGGUCAAUUCUGAAUUUACUAAAUUGUUAAAUUCUAAAUUUAUUUAAAUAUAUUCUUAAUUUUUGUUAUAUAAUAUUGAAACUAUGGAGAAAUAAACAUGUUUUCUAGAGUUGUAUACAUUUUUUUUUAAUUGAAUCACAUAUUAGAAAGGGGCUGAAAUUUAUAAUGAGUUGAUGUUAACCUUCCACGGAAAUCACCUUGAAAAAUCACGUGCAGAGAGGUUAAAAUCCGGUCCAAUGUUUAUAAAAGAACUCAGUAGUCUUGAACCUCAGUUGAAAUCCUUAGUUCACAUAUAAAACAGUUCCUUAUCAUUUUUUCGAUACAGAAGAAAGUUUCUUUUUAAUUAAUCUAACAUUGUUUAACUUUAUUAAAUUUUUUCUAAUUAUUCUAAUAAUGUUAAGAUUUUGUGUUAUUUUUGGAAUUUUUAUCAUUUUCGCUGGUUCAACUCAAUUGAAUCAAUUGUCUUUCAAAAGGGAACGUUUCAAUAUAACAUUAAAUGAAUUAAUUAAUCAGUGUUAUUACAAUGGAGGAAGAUUUAUGUUUGAUCAAAUUUUAUUGAAUCUCAAGUCAUUUAGAGAUUAUCGAAAUAAUUUGCUAAUGGAUUUAAAUACCGUCACUUUUGGAUCACCAGCUGAAGGUGAUUAUAAAUCAGUUUAUUGGAUUAAUCAAAUUUGCGAAACAAAACCAGAAAUGAUAAAUAUAUUGCGAGAAUUAUUUGAAAGUGUUCAAAAUUGUCUCAAUGUGGAAACACGUUUAAUGAAGGAUGAAGAGGAAAUAGUUUUGAAAAAUAUGUUAACUGGUGUUUGCCUUCAAUUAGAAUUUGAAAGAGCAUUGUCUACUCAACCUGAAUGUUUAAGAGAAUCCAUGGCAUCAUUGCAUUCACCAACAGAUGAAUGUUCUUUGAGUUAUCCAAAUUAUAAAACAGUUUACACUUUAGAGCCAAUACCAAUUACUUAUUCAGAAGAAGAAUGCAGGGAUUUUAUUAAUGCCGCUGUAUGCAGAAUUGAUCGUCGAAUAAAUUGUGAUAGUAAUUUAAAAGCUAUAAUUAAACAUCGAUUUAACAUGGCGCUUGGAUUAAUAUAUUGUGACACAAAUCCUAGAUUAUCACCAAAAUAUUUUCAUAGGAUUUAUACUAAAUUUUUUUAAUAUUACAAAAUAAUUUGCACGACAUAUUGUAAUAAGAAAGAUAUUUAUACUUAAUUUAAUAAAUUAGUUUCAAAAUA